UAUCAUGGCAUCUCAAUUCCGUUUCCCGCGGCUUUACAUAUCAGAUCACACUAAGCAUGUCCUGUGCUUUAGUGUAUUGUUAUUCCUCAUCUCAUUCGUCAAAUUUGUUGAAGGCAAUACGGACGGUCCACUUUUUGGACUGCGCCUGAAGAACCUGACAGUGGAAAUGGGUAAAAAUGCCACAUUUACGUGCUAUGUCAAGAAUAUCGGUGGCUAUAAGGUGGGUUGGGUGAAGGCCGACACGAAAUCCAUCUUGGCCAUUGGGGAAUUCCGCAUCAGUCACAACGAGAGAGUGACCGUCUCCAAUGAGAGACAACAGAAGCAUCACUUACAUAUCACGGGGGUCACACUUGAGGAUGCUGGACCAUACAUGUGUCAGUUGAACACAGCCCCGAUGAAGAGCCAGGUUGGAUAUCUCAACGUGGUGGUGAAGCCGGAUAUCACCAAAGUGACCGGGACUGAAGGGAUCGUGGAAGGUGGAACGGCCCGAUUGACUUGCGAGGCCAUCGGUUAUCCCACCCCUGAGAUCUACUGGGUGCGUGAGAAGGGCCAACACAUUAUCAUAUGGGAUAAAUCGAUUGGAAGAAGACAUACAGUUGACAAGGUGGAGGGGAACGUCCUGGAACUUCAUAAAAUCAAACGAUCCCAAAUGGGAACCUAUUUCUGUGUGGCCAAAAGCGGCUACCCACCGGCCGUGAACCAGCGAGUCGAAAUUGAGGUUCAUUUUCGACCCGUCAUCAGUGUUCCUAAUCAAAAAGUGUACGCUAAAGAAGGCCAAGAUGUGGCUUUGGAGUGCAUCAUCGAGUCCUAUCCCAAAGGUCUACACUACUGGGAACUGGAAUCAGGCGAGACACUCAGCUCCAACAACAUGAAGUAUCUCCGUCAUGAGUUCACCAUCAACGAGUACUCGAUCCGGUCACGGUUGACCAUUCUAGAUUUCACCACCGACGACCAAGGCGUUUACAAGUGCAUUUGUAAGAACUCCAUGAAUCACGCGGGUGAUCGCGUUGAAGGUGUGGUUUAUCUACACAUGGAGAAGGAAUUCGAGGCAAAAGAACCGCUGGAAAACGAUAUUCUCACAAAUGCGGUCGACUACCCCCGAGGCUAUGGCAACGAGAGGUCGUCGUUUGGCGGGAGCGAGUCCACCACCUACUUCGAUAUCGAGCACGAGUCCAAUGGGGACAAUCCGAAUCGGAAUUAUCAACAGAACUACGCCUGGCAAGAGAAGCAAACCACGGCCUACACCAAUGACUACGGUUCUUAUUCGGGUAAUCCGUACUAUUAUAACUCCGAGGCCAAGGAGCGGAAUGCCAAGCCAGACGGGUUGAACACCGAUCCCGGCACUCACAAAAGGCACAAGAACAAGCACCACCGAAGUUCCUCCACCCAAUUAAGCUGGCAUCAUCUCCCAUUUGUCAUGAUAGUGCUCCGUUUGGUCCUCUGAGAGUCCUCGUCAAUCCACUGGACACCCUUGAUUUUAUCCCUUUCAUGUUGAUCAUAAUUUAUCAUUCUGAGAAAGUGAUGCAUGACCACCCAAUCCGUAUUAUUUCAUGCAUUUGUCAACCCAAAUGAAAUACAGUCCCCGCCAUUUUUCAAGUUU